AUGGCCAGUGUAUCACCACACAAGAAGCAGGGAAUCAGUCUUGCUUCGAACAACCCCUUUGACAAGCCUGUAAUUUGGAGCAAUGUCUUGAGUGAGCCUGCCGACGUUGCUGGCCUCAUAGAAGCCAUAAAUAUUACCCUGAAACUGACGAACACCGACGCUUUGAAAGCCCACAAUUUCACCUUGUCCACCACACCUAUGGAUGUCUGCUCUGAUCACCCUUUUCUUAGCACGGAAUACUGGGUUUGUGCGUUACGACAAAGUGUAGUGCCCCGAGCUCACACGGGAGGAACCUGCAAAAUGGGUCCUUCCUCGGAUCCCAUGGCAGUCGUUGAUCCUCAGUUACGAGUCUAUGGGGUCGGGGGACUCCGCAUUGCGGAUGCUUCCAUCAUGCCCAUGGUUACUUUUGCUGAUACCGCGGGACCGACUAUGAUGAUUGGAGAACGAGCUGCUGGUUUCAUUAAAAAACAUUCGAUGCAGAAUUUUCAACGUGGUUGCCUACAAUGA